GGGCGGGGCGGGCAGCAGUCGCGCGGCGCGGGCGAGGCGAACGGCGGCGGUCCCGUCCCGGCGGCGGCAGCGGGCGAGGCGAGAGGCGGCGACGGUUGCAGCAUGGCGCUGUCCGUGCCGGUCAAUGGGCUGAAGGAAGGCGAUAAGGAGCCCGUCAUCGAGCUCUUCGUUAAGGCUGGCAGCGAUGGGGAAAGCAUAGGAAACUGCCCUUUCUCACAGAGGCUCUUCAUGAUCCUUUGGCUGAAGGGAGUGGUGUUCAGUGUCACAACAGUUGACCUGAAGAGAAAACCAGCAGACCUUCAGAAUUUGGCUCCAGGCACUCAUCCACCCUUUAUAACUUACAAUGGUGAAGUGAAAACAGACGUGAACAAGAUUGAAGAGUUCCUGGAAGAAGUUUUGGCCCCGCCAAAAUACCUGAAACUUUCUCCAAAGCACCCUGAGUCCUACACUGCUGGAAUGGAUAUUUUUGCCAAAUUUUCUGCAUUUAUCAAAAAUUCCAGACCCGAGGCUAACGAAGGCUUAGAACGUGGCCUCUUGAAAACCCUCCAGAAAUUGGAUGAGUACCUGAACUCUCCUCUCCCUGACGAGAUAGAUGAAAACAGCAUGGAGGAUAUUGCAGUUUCGACCCGCAAGUUUUUGGAUGGCAAUGAGAUGACACUAGCAGACUGCAACCUGCUGCCCAAACUGCACAUUGUGAAGGUGGUGGCCAAAAAAUAUCGCAACUUUGAGAUUCCCAAGGAAAUGACGGGGAUUUGGAGAUACCUGACCAACGCUUACAGCAGGGAUGAGUUCACCAAUACCUGUCCUGGAGACAAGGAAAUUGAAAUAGCUUACAGUGAUGUAGCCAAGAGACUCACUAAGUAAACAGCACUUGCAAAAAGAGACGACUUCUUGCGUAUUCCGUAACAAAGCUUCUAACAGACUGCUCUUUUCAUAUAAGAUAGCAAUUUUUUUCUUUUUUUUUUUUUUUUUUGCAUGAACUUGCAGUUAUUCAAAGUUAUGGUGGAUAGACCAGGUACAGUAAUUACCUAAAGUUUGCAGAUUUAAUUGUAGGCUUGUUUUUCCUUACCUCUUUUCAUGGCAAGUCGUAUUAUUAAUGCAGUUAUGUUACUAUUGUUGUGGGGUAUUGGGUUCUUCGGUAUGAAGAGUUCUCUUGCCCCCAUUCCUUUUAUUUGCAAACAUUUGGUCCCCAUCUACAAAUUGGUCUGGGAUACUGUCUUUCUGUAUGGUACAAGGAAUAUUUAUGUAUUUUGGAAUUUAUUGCUCUUCCAGAAGAUCUGUAACACAGUUGUCACAUGUGCAACACAUCGAGCUGUACCUGUUGGUCUAUCCUGUUUUCAUAUAGAAGGGAGCUUACUCUCCAGAAAAGCCAUUUGAGAACUAUUUGGCAAUGCUUUUAAAAUAGAUUUAUAUAUAUAUAUAUAUACAUAUUAUGAUUCUCUUGGAUUUGAAAUCACAGUCAUGGAAUUAUUGAGAAUGGACUCACACGUGAAGCUUGGAUUUGAAUGACCUCGAACAUCAGGGAGUUUGAGUCCAGGCCUGUGAACUGCAGCCAGGAGCUCAUGGUGCAGAGUUCACAUUUAGUUGUGUCUUCAAGAACGUGGUGAGAUCAAACAACAGCAAAGCAGUUGACAGCUCACACUUAUCCCAAAUUCUGAGUUGCAGCACAUGAAUAUAGCUGUCAGGAUGCCCUUUUAACAUCACGAAACCAAAAGAAUUGGAUGCUUGCCAUCUGUUCACCUUAAGCAUUUCAAGUGGCUUUCUUUUUGGUAGUUCAGAGCCUUUAUUUUGUAUAGGUCUUUCUGGUGAUAUUUACUUACAGAUCUUUGCUGUCAGAGGCAAAAUGUGUCAACAUCAGCAAUGAGCAGCUGCUGUACGUGUGGGUAGCAGUGCAAUGAUGGGCGAUGCAAAACUGAACGCUGAGAGCCCUUCGAGUCGGAGUCUUUCUGGGAACUUUUGUAAGCUGUUUGAUGUUCUGUUUGUCCUAAAGAAAGCUGAAGUGACCUUUAAAGAUAACACUUGCCUUAAAUUAUAGCGUUCCCUUUUCUUUUUUUUAAUCUGAAAGGAUAUCUGUUAGUUACUCCUGUAAAAAAGGGUGCGUGGAAUCCAGUCCUGUACACUAAACUUACCUGAACUGCUUUCUGUGCAUCUGGAUUGCAGCUUUGCAUGAUCAUAAUCGUUGCACUACUAUACCUAAUCUUUCUACUGCAACACUGAGGAAUAGCACUGCAAUUUUUUUAAGAACCAAUUUUUGAGUAUUUCUAAAGUGGGGAAAUAGUUUUCUUGUUUCAGAUGAAUGAUUUUGGUGCAUGGAAUAAACGGCUCGGUUAUUUUUAAGAGACCACCAUAAACGACUCCAAAGAACACUAGACUUACAUGCCUAUUUUUUUGUAAAGCUACUUUUGUAUUUAACUGAUUUCAAAAGCUGGAAAGUGCUAUUCCUGGUCGGUUGUCCUUGGAAUAUUUGCCAUUCUGCAAUAACACAAAGGCCCUCACACUUUUAUACACUAUUAUUUUUGGUAAGCCCAACUUUUCUAAGCAUCCUGCUUUUGCUACUUUAUCUACUCGUGACAUUAGCUUGAUGUAGAAGAGGUAGAGUGAGAGAUGUGCAUUUGUACACGUGGCUUGUGGUGCCUUGUCCUGCCUUCCUAGAGCUAGAACUGCAGUGUAAAGGCAAUUAGAAGGCCUGUUACACAUCCUUCUAGAAAACCAUAGAUACACUUAGACCUUACUGUGACUUAUUACAGGAGUGUUCAGGCACAGAAAGAAAAUCCUGCAGAGCGACCUGGUUGGGAAGAAUUAACUGUCGCCCUUUCUUAGUUGUUGUGUUCUGAUGUCACAUUCUCACCCCGAAUGCAGUUUCUCAGCCAUAAUGAUCCUUUGUAGGGGUUCAGUCUGUGCUGCAGUGUGAGAUGUAGAAAAAGGGAUGACUUCUUUUGUCAGAUAACAGCAUUUGUGUUGAUGUAGAGUUGGAAAAGGUUGUUGUGGCGCUCCUUGCUCGUACGGUUAACCCUUCAAAACAGAGAAUAGGAAGGGAUGCCAGCAGUUUGUUACAUUCUGAGCUCCCCUUUAAAGCCCCAGUCGGCCCUUGGUGCUGUCUGAGGCUCUUUCUGAGAGCAGCAGGCCAUUGCACUCAGCACACCUGCAUGCAUGUCAGCAUGGAGCAGCUCUGUGCAGCUGCUGUUGUGCGUGCUGCCUGCACCUCAACGCACACAACUGCCAAACCUGCUCAAGCAGCAGCGUGCUGCCUUGUAAUGAUAAUAUAUUCUGAUAAUAUAUUCUCCCUGCUUUCCAGGCAAUCUUCAGACCAUUGCAAUACGCUAUAUUCAGCAUGAAGUGUUUUAAUGAUGCUGUCUGAACGCUUGUAAACAAAGCUGAGGCUCUUGCUGCAAGGAAUGUAUGCUUUAUGUCCUCACACUGCAGCAUUGAGCAUUGGAGCCUUUCUUUUGGGGACUCAAUUCAAGCAAGUGCCAGGUUGGUCAUUCCAGAAUGUGUGACAGCUGUGGAAGGGCCCAGUGUCCUCUUGGCUCCUUAGGCACAGCUGAGUGGUGCUGGGGCAGAAGCUGGCCAUAAACCCCUUGUGGCUUCAGCAGAGCUCAGUGGGGCACAGCGCUGCUCUCCCCCAGGUGAGCUCUGUGCAUCGCUGGGUGGUGCGAAGCCUUCGCGUCUGGUGUGGGCAGAGCGCUUUCAUCUGGCCCCAAUCAGCAGCCCGACAUUAAUUAAAAAAAAAAAAACAAAAAAAAAAAACCCUUUCAUAACUAUGUAAAUUCUUGACUUCUGUCAACUUGUUUACAAUCUGAUCUUUGAAUGCAUUUUUAAUUUCAUCAAACAGCAAUUAAUCUAGCCCUGUUUAAAUUUAAAAUGAUGCUCCUAGCCCCUUCUGAAGCAGUUACCCUUUCAAGUAGGCAUUCCAGUUUGCAAGCUGGCUGCAUGUAUUAGCACGCUGAGCAACUUGCUCUAAUCCCGAGCUGAAACGCUCUGAAUUUUCCAUUAAAACAGGUGACUUGUGUUCCCCGAACAGAAAACCCAUCUGGUUUUGUGUGGGAGAACAUAGGAGAGUACACGCAUGAUUUUCUUUCCUUUUCCUCGUAACAAAACUUUCCUUCUCUGAGAGAUUCCCCAUGCAUCCCCAGCUGCGGGUUGACCGAGAGCCAUGGGAGCUUCUGGAAGGUUCUGUGCUCCCUGCAGCUCUCCUGCCUGCCUGCAGCUCCUGCAGGUCUGUGUCAAUGGCCCUCGUGGACAGGCGCAGCCACAGCUCUCCUACGUUUGCAUUUUCCCAUCAAAUUGGUGGUUUUUUUUCCUGCGGCGGGCAUGCCUGAACCCAUGGAGAGCUGCAUGUCGUUCCAUGAUAAGAGGAGAGAUGUAAUCGAGUUUUUAUGCUAAAGUAGCAAAUUAGCAUUUCAUAUCAAAGGAGCACAGACAUGAAUAAAUGGGAGAUGCCUGCGCCAAACCCGCUGAUGCCUAUCUCAGUGGAGAACAAAAAGUGGCAAAGUGCAGUCAACAGUUUUUUUCCACCCUUUGCCACUCAGAGUACGAUCUGAAUGCAUCCCAUUAACAUUUUUUUUUCUCUUUUUUUUUUUCAGAAGAAAGCUUUAUCCCCAGUGCAAAAUGUUUAAUCUGCCUCAGAACCCGUGCCACUAACUUAUGCUGUGUUCAUAGAGGGAGGGGGGAGCGGAGCAGGAUGGGUUAUGGAGGCUCCCAGCACAGGGCAUGGGGAAUACUUGAAGAGUUGAUCCGAUCUGUUGUAGUUUGCUUCUGUCCUUCACUCUCUGGAACAUCUUUUACAGAUAUCCCAGUGUACUGCUGGCAGCUAUUGUUAAAAAUAAAAUUAUAUUUUCACUACCAA